UGACGACGGGGUCACGUGGUUCGCCCGCAUAGCCACGCCCCCUAGUGAAACGAAUCCCUACGUAAAGGAGAGGUGAGACGAUGCGUUCACGAUUUCAGUGCUAAGAUGUGCACUUCGCUUCGAGGUUGUACAAUUAAAGGUCAUUUAAAUGGAGACGAUCCGAUCGCGGAGCUGAAACCCGCUCACCCCCCGCGUCUGUACGGCUCUGCCGGCUGCGAGACAUGGAGCGUCCGCUUCUCUCCGGACGGGUCUUACUUCGCCUGGUCGGUGGGACACGGCAUCGUCAAACUCCUCUCCUGGCCUCUGGCAUCCAAAGGCGCUGGAGCUGGAUGCAAUGAAGAGAAGACGCUGAACUGCGGGCAGACGGUGUGGGCACUGGCGUUCGGACCCUGCCUGUCUGCCCGAGCGGAUGCUUUACAUCAGAACAGACGUGAACGCGAACUACUGCUGGCCAUCGGUCUGAACAACGGAGCGAUCCAAGUGUGGGUCGUCUCAACUGGAAAUCUGCGGGCUGCUCUAACUGGACAUCAGGCUCCUGUCAGAGAUUUAGUCUUCACUCCAAAUGGAAGUCUCACACUCGUAUCAGCCUCUCGAGACAAAACUUUAAGGAUAUGGGACUUGGCAAAGAAGGGCGCCGGCCCCUACGUGCUGCGGGGUCCAGACUCCUGGGUCUUCAGAUGUUCUGUAUCACCUGACAGCAGUGUGAUCGCUUCUGUCUGCAACCUCGACUCUAAGGUGUAUUUGUGGAGCUUGCGGUCAUACACUUUCAUGAGGCACCUUAAAUAUGACCACGAGCGCACCAUGGCAUCAUGUGACUUUUCUCAGGACGGAGCGCUGCUCGCGAUUGCUUCGUAUCAUUCGACUACAGGCUGGUGGCUGGACCUGUGGGACCCCUAUACAGCUGAUCUCCUGUCUAGAGUAGAAGAUUGUGAGGUAUGUGCUUACAGAAGUGACAAUCUACUGACUUCUCUUAGCUUCUCUCCGGUUGGUCUGCUGCUGGCUUUUAAAGACUAUAGGGCGUUGCGGAUCUGGGACGUGGAACAAGAUAAACUAGUCACAGACACUGAUCACAACCGAGCCGGCGGCGUGUGCUGUGGUUUCCAUCCACACGAGGGCGUCAUCGCCACAGGGUGCAGAGACGGACAUGUAAAAUUCUGGCGAGUUCCUCGUCUCAUUCCAAGCCUCAAGCAUUUGUGCCGGAGUGCCCUGAGAUUCUCCAUUUCAACCUAUCAAGUGGAGGCUCUUCCCUUGCCAAAAAAAAUCCUGGGAUACCUCACUUACAGGGAUAUUCCAAAACAAAAGAUCGUAUAUUGUAAAGAACACUGCAGAUGACUGAAAACAGUAAUGAUUGUGGGUCAAACUUUGCCUUAAAUUGUCUAGGAAGCCUAAUUUCCCCAGACGGUUAUGGCAGAUACUUGAAAUAUUUAUUUAAAGACUUUAUUUUUUACAUAAAAAAAAAUGUAGGAACUGUUUUACAAAAGAGACAAGCGUCAUUUCAAGCUUAAAAAAUAAACAUACAAAUAAAGAUAUUACCGGGUUCUGAUUUUUUGAACAAUAUGAAGUAAACCACAUGCUCUUACGACAUCACAGAUCUGUGUUACAUUUCAACUCUUUCAAAGUGUGAACCAGGGGUCUAUCCAUCGCUAACUACCAUGUCUCUAACAGCCUGGAAAGCUGCAACCAUUGAGCUCAGCUGGAUCUUCUCGUUGGUUCCAGUGGCCAGACGAUACCUUAUGUUUAAAAAGGAAAGAACAGAAGUUGAAUCUCCCUCAAUUACAUAAUAAACUUCAUCUACUGUUCAAAGGG